AUUUUCUGAAGGGAUACCAUUCUCUAUAUCUUCUUCAUAAGCUCAAGUACUUAUUCUAUUUUUAUUUCUAUCAAUUCCGAAGGGGGCAAAUGUGUUUUCGAUGGAGACGAGUGCUUCCCAGAGCACUUAAGCCAUGUUUUUCACUGAGAAACAUAUAGCUUCCUGAUUCGCAUAGCAGCAGCAGCCUGAAUCACUUCUAUCUUCCUUGAUCCGUUUCUUUUUUUUGUGUCUGUGUUAUUCGAUUUGCCGUCCAAUUGUGUUAUUCGAUUCGUCAUCCAAUUUUAUUUUAUUUUAUGUGUUUCUAUCUUGUUCGAUUCACCAUUCAUCCUAAUUGAAGUUGUGAAUAAUUAAUGCUCACCUUCCUUGAUUUGCAGGUGCUCCCCCUCAACAGUUGUGAGACCCGAGAGGGCAUGAUAACUGAUAAGUGUCUUGGUUAAAGAUCAGUUGGUAGGGAUUGGCUAAAGAAAUCUCCCAAUUCUUGUAUGUCACCUCAAUAAUUUCUGUCACCUGACUUACAUUGAUGCUAUUGAUACUGAGACCAACAAGUCAGUUGGGUAAGUGUCCCAGGGAAAAUGCUAAUGACCAAUAUUGUUAAGAUGGGUAAGCUGCAAAAUAAGGCUCCACAUGUUCCAAGUAGUGAAUCAUCGCAACCGGUCAGUGCCAGACACAACUUUGCUCCGAGGCCGCCAUCUGGAGCUCAACAUGAUGACUGGCCUUUGAUUCAGCAGCCAUCAGCUACUGAAGUAAAACAACAGUCACAGUUAGAUGAGGUUCCGGAAGCAGUAGAAAGUGGCAUUAAUGGUGACAGUCCCGUGGUGCCCGAGUUUCUUCAUGAUAGGAAAUUGCUGGAGGAUACUUCUGGAGGUGCAGACAGUGACCAUGGUAGAUACCAGCAUCCACUUUAUCAUGGUGUUGAUGAAAGCGAAAGGAGAGAUACGAAGUCCGAGAACAAAUCCAUGGCUUUCCUGUUUUUCAUUGGCAUCAAGAAUUUAAAUACAAGGAGAACAUUAGUGAAGAAGAAGGUUCCCAAAUCGAAAGUCAAUUGAGGAUGGACUGGAAAUGGGUUGAGUUUUUGUGUGUGCACUAAUUAACAUGUUUUCAUUUUGUCACAUUGGACCAUCUUUUGUAAACUUUGUAUUUUUUGGUACUCUGAUCUUAUGAAAUCUAAACUUUGUGCUUUAUGGA